AUGGCGACAGCAGCAUACAUAAAUCGCAAUGGGGGCGUGCGCUCGGAACAGCUGCUGAGCAUAGCGAGACAGCAGUUAUGCUGGGCGCACACGCACUUGCUCUCCAUCAGAGCAGCGAACAUCGCAGAGAUCGGCCAGCGCUUGUGGGCCUGGCAGCUGAACACGCUGAUGGAAAGAGGGCUGGCCUUUAGCAUCGUUAAGACAUACGCGGAUGCUGUUUCAUCAUGCCACGAAGGCUUCGGGGAUAAAACAGUUUUUAGUCACCCCUUAAUGAAGCGCUUCCUAAAAGCUGACCAUCGCGUUUGCGCCUUUCACUUUCGGCCUGAGGACUACCUUCAGUCAACAAGUCAUCGAAAGAAGUGUCCGAAGAGACUGCAUCUGAAAAGGGCAGCUGUACCGACGCUUUGUGGACCAACGCUAGACGAAGAAGACCUCGGGGCUGUUGGCGGUGUGGUGGACCAGCCUUCUACCUCCAGCAUAUCCUUGGUCCUCACCAGUCCACAGCCACGGCCUCACCAAUCCAAUAAAUCCCCAAGGAAGUCCUUAUCUGGCAGUUACCUUGCUUUCCCUGUGAUCAGGGAGAGGCUCUCACUAUCUCCAGAUGAUUGUGAAACUGAGAUGCUUCAAAUGGACACAAGCAUUUCCUCAGUCAUUGAGGAUGACCCAAAAGACAUGAGCUUCAGCCUCAGUCAACAGUCAAGUUCAAGUGAAACCUCCAGUUCAAGUGCCUCAGAAGAGCAAGGGGAGUGGGAUGAAAGAAAAUGGAUUGUGAACGAGUCUAGCAUCAUGCAACUGUUUAGAACAUGCCAUAUAUGUGCCGCACAAAUCACGGAUAAAAAAGUGACAAAACUAUUUUUCUUCCUAUAA